CACCCCUCAGCCUCUGAUUUCCCUGACCCAUCCGGGGCUUUUUCUUUUCACGAACUUCUCUUCUGUCUGGGCUCUGGGUUUUUUAUAGGCUUGGAUUCUUUUUUUUUCUUAACUUGUAUAGCAUGAUCUCCGCCACCCAAAUGUCGGCCAGCGCGCGGGCGGCCACUCUACGGACCUAUGUCCCGAGCCUGAAGACGGCUUACAGCCAGCACUCGUUGGUGCAGACCUACUCCUAUUCGACAUCGUCAGCAGCACGAAAGACCCUUCUUUUGAAUAGCCAGCGCACAAAUCUCCCAGUCUCAACCCUUCUCUCGCCCUUUGCUGCUCUGCCACUGAACAAGUCAUUCCAUGUUGCCACCUCCCUCAGACAACAACAGCAGCAGCAGACGGAGAAAGAGAAGCAGUCGGAGGAAUCGAGUGAAGGAAAGAGUGAAGACCAGAAAGAUGGUGAGAAGAAGGACGCCCCUCCUCCGCCUCCCCACGGCGACAAGACUCCCUGGCAAGUUUUCAGAGAGACUCUCCAAACUGAAUUCAAGGCGUCGAAGGAGUGGAAUGAGUCAACGAAGGCUCUCGCAUCCUCCGCGCACCAAUUCACGGAGAACGAGAAUGUCAAGCGGGCUCGUGCCGCUUACGAGGCUGCCUCUGGGGCUGCGACCUCCAAGACUUCCACUGCGUUGAAGCAUACCGGCAAGGCUAUUGGCAAGAGCGCCUCCUGGACAUGGAACACCCCCGUUGUGAAAGGUCUCAGGAAGGGUGUCAACGCGACUGGCUCCGGUAUUGAGAAGGUCACGAGACCGGUUCGCGAAACCGAGGCCUACAAGACCGCAGUUGGCGGUGUGAAGGACGCAAUUGACGAUGGAAGCAGCUCUCGCUACGGUGGCUGGAUUGAGAAGGAGGAGCGACGGAAGCAGAGAAAACUGCGCGAAGAGAUGGAGGCCAAGGCUGGUCGUCGCACCGAGCCUAUGGUUGAGGACCCCAAUGCUGGCACCAACGUCACGCUGCACAAGGACGCUGCCUGGAAGGAGUCGUGGCGCGAGUUCAAGGACUCGAACCCUAUGAUGCAAAAGCUUUUUACCCUGAAGAACACCUACGACGAGUCGGAAAACCCUCUCAUCACAACUGCGCGCAGCAUUUCGGAUCGUGUCGCCGGUUUCUUCGCUGAGAAUGAGACGGCUCAAGUCAUCAAGAGGUUCCGCGAGAUGGACCCCAAUUUCCAGAUGGAGUCUUUCCUGAGGGAGAUGCGUGAAUAUAUUCUGCCUGAAGUGCUCGAUGCCUACGUUAAGGGCGAUGUCGAGACCCUCAAGCUCUGGCUCUCCGAAGCUCAGUUCAAUGUCUACGCUGCUCUCGCUCAGCAGUACACUAACCUCGGUCUCAAAUCCGAUGGUCGUAUCCUGGAUAUCCGUGGGGUUGACGUCUCUCAUGCCCGUAUGCUGGACCCAGGUGACAUCCCUGUGUUCGUUGUGACCUGCCGCACGCAGGAGGUCCACGUCUACAAGAACGCAAAGUCGGGCGAACUCGCGGCCGGCAUGGAAGAUAAGGUUCAACUGGUCACUUACGCCAUUGGCCUGACACGGAUACCCGAGGAUGUCAACAACCCAGAGACCCGUGGAUGGAGAUUGAUCGAGCUGCAGAAGGCUGCUCGGGACUACAUCUAACCUCCGCCGGAUAACUCUUCCAACCUUUACCCGUCUCCCUUCUCAACAACAACUCCCUUGUCUUCAUCAUUGGCCCAUGAAUUUCCUUCUUCUCUUCUCGAAUGUUUUGAUAUCAUAUCCUACUGUACAAUAUUGACCUUCUAAAUAGAGAUCAGGCGGAACUGGCGCUUCGUGAAUCGCUUGUGAUAGUAACUUGAUUAAUCUCGCAAUAUCCUCCUUCCUCACAGGUUUCAUUUCAGACCAGAUGCUGGCAAACUUGUUAUCUCUGGAUCCGAGAUCGAGUUGUCUCCGAGAGUCCUCGGUCAGGCACAAAUAGUGCAGCCUACUUAUUACUUGUGGCGUUUUGCGGCGUCUUGUGUUAUGUUUGGCAACUUUACCCUCCACUCAUCUGAUUAUAUUCUCGCAGCUGCCCCAAUAUUUAGCUUAGUCCUUGUUAUUCUUCACCCAUUUCCAGCUGGAGGGCCGCCCUAUCAGUCGGAG